UUCUCACGUCUUGACCUCCCACAGACACUCAAGCAGAGCCGAGCAGUUUGGAUGAGUAACAGCCCGGUUCGCCUGACGCGGCAUGGAGGUGUCCUUCUGUCCUGAGCGGCGCGUUUCUUCCUUUGCCUCCGUGUGAGCUGCUGCUGCCUCUGCUGCUGCUGCUGCUGCUGGAUGCUACCCGCCCUCCCCCCGCCGCACUUGUUGCGCAGAGAGUGGAUGCGCCGCUGAGUCCUUGGAGAGGAGAGGCAGGGACGGACUGCAACAGGUGCACACACAGAAUCUCCUCCAACAAGGCUGCACCGGAGGUAAAACAAACUUUAAAUGCGGAUGUGAAGAUCUUCUGCUCGUAUCCAGCCCUCACCGUGCGCACAAAGCCAGGAUGCCGGUUCUAACGAGCCCCGACAUUGCCAACAAGUUUAAGGAGAAGUGGCUGGCGGUGUACCCGGACGAUCAGGUCACCGGGUCCGACUCGGUCCCCCUGGACGACAGCCUCACCAGCCUCCACUGGCUCCAGAAUUUCUCCAUCCUCAACGCGGAUCCGGAGCGACCCAACGGAGCCGGACCGGGCUGCCCGUCCUCCCAGCAGCACCUGUUUCUCAAACGUCUCGGCUUCCCUAGAGGAGGCACCGACUCUCCGUCCAGCCCGCCGGCCGGUGACACCGCCGCCACUGGGAUGCCUCUGUACCUCGGGAGCCCCGUCACCUCCGGCAGCGACUCCACCGCUGCGCCGCGGUUCGCCAAUUGCGCGCAUCCGGGGAACGGCUACCCGCAGCUCCCCAUCCAGCCCAGCCCGCCCGUGGAGGUCGACUACAAAACCAACCCUAAAGUCAAACCGCCCUAUUCCUACGCGUCUCUCAUCUGCAUGGCCAUGCAAGCCAGCAAACAGCCCAAAGUGACUCUGUCCACCAUCUAUAACUGGAUAACGGAGAAUUUCUGCUACUACAGACACGCGGAGCCCAGCUGGCAGAACUCCAUUCGUCACAACCUGUCCCUCAACAAGUGUUUCAAAAAGGUCCCCAGACAGAAGGACGAGCCGGGGAAGGGAGGCUUCUGGCAGAUUGAUCCGCAGUAUGCAGAUAUGUUCGUCAAUGGCAUUUUCAAACGCAGGAGGAUGUCUGCUAGCAGCUACAAUGGCAGCAGCAGCAGCGGUGGCAACCACAGACAGAGCAAACUGGUUCAUGGUUAUCACAGCACCCAAAAUGGCUGCCCCUACCAAGGCAGCAAGCGGAAGCACCUGCCCUCUAAGAACAAGGCGAUGAGGGCGACUGAGUCCCCUCUUUUAGCGACAGAGGCCCACAAAGCCGACAUCCUCAGGGGGGACUUUGACCUGGCGUCCGUGUUCGACGACGUCCUCGGCGGGAACUGUAGCACCUUUGAGGAUUUGGACAUCAACACGGCGCUGAGCUCCCUUGGCUGCGAGAUGGAGGUGUCCCUGCAGGGGAGGCAGCACUCGGCGGGGCUGGGGAGGUGGUGCGGCGGAGGCGACGCCAUGGGUCCGAGCCAGCACCUUAACCACCACCAGUCCUACGGUUACAUGGAGCUGAGCGGAGCAGCCAUGGAUUGCACGGUCAACAUGGGAGAGCUCCACGUGCCGCUGCAGCAGCAGCAGCAUCCUCAGCAGCAGCUGGACCAGGAUCAGCUGCUCCAAAGCCACCACCAUCUGCCGCAGUUUGACGAGCACUCGGCGCUGUUUUCGGAGCAGCCUGAGGAAACGGUGCUGCAGCCUUGGGAGGAAAUCAAAGAAGAGGCGCAGGCCAUUCCUCUGACUCUGGAUCAGGGCUUCGGCCUGUGCGAGGGAUUCUUCACAGAGAUGCAGCCAUGGGAACGAGUGGAGGCCUAUCUGUGACCUUUGACCUCACUGACUCCUAAUUAUCUGCAUCCAUUGACCUGAACAUGUCUGAUUACUCAGGCCAUGCUUCCCCUCCAAUCAUUCUGCAAUACACAGCAUCUGUAAUUUAUUUUUCUGUUAAAACACAAACACAAUAAUGUCAAACCUUUCUUGAACUUGAACUGUGAAGUUAAUCAAGAUUUCCUUAACAAAAGACAUUGAUCUGACUAUAAAGGUUGUUGGGCAACAUGAUUAGGGAUUAUUUCCUGGCACAGACUCCCUUUUCUUCCGGAGGGUGUCAGGUGAUUGACAGCGGUGCGUAACAUGACACAACACUGAUAUAUCAGGCACAAUGAAACGAUGAGAGAAACUUUUAUAAACCAAAUUAAAGUUAGAUGUGGACUGCCGGGGAUUAUCGCACUCUGUAGAAUGAAUGGCAGCAAAGGUUUUGACGAGACUACGUGCAGAAAACGGGGCAAACUUAUCCUUUAAGUUGGAUUUUUUUGGAACUAUCCCAGCUCAAAUGCCAGCUGGCAAUAAGAGAAUGUGUUCAAACAAGUGCAGCUAUUUGUCGCUCUGGAGUUUUGACGAAAUGCCGACAGAAGCAAAGCGAAGAAAACCCAACUCGCCUCCUUUCAAAGCACUCUCCACAAACAAGCACUGUCACUAUAUGGGACUGAGAAGACAUGCAGGAUUCUAUUUUGCUACAUUAGCAUUAAUUUUACUAACAUGCAGCGAAAUUAGCCAUUCAUCAAGUUACCAGAGCAGGACUUUAAACUCAUGGUCUGAGGUUAGAAAUCAGUCAUGUAUGACUCUGUUAUAUAGUCAAUUUAAUAUAUAUUCACUAAAGUAUAUAGCAUGAAGCUAGGCAGGAAUAUUUGCCAUUUGUAUACAGUUACAAGAGGAGCAGACCUGGAAAUUGUCAGUCAUGAAAAUCAAACAUUAUGCACUUUGAUAGGCAGCAGUUUUAGGAAAGUGAGACAGCUUUUAUUUCCAGGAUGUUUAGUUUGAUUUUUUUUAUCGUAUUAAGAUGUUUUCUAAGAGUUUACUGACCAUAAUGAAAGUGAUGCAUAUGCUGUAAUUGUCCAUAUCAGUUUGUUUUUGAACAAUUAAUUCAACAUUGCAAUAAGUCGACUGGGCAAGUUUUUCUUUCUUUGCUUAAAUAUUCUGUUUUUCUUUCUGAAUAUAUACAAAACUGGGCGUUUGUUGAUUAUAUUUCGCCAAAUUUGUUGAUAAGGAAUAUGCAGUUCAAUGGUGUUUCUGUGUUGAUUAGUAAGAAAAAAAAAAUCUGUUUUCUGUCACUGGGUGAUGGAUUUGUCCUUAUUGAUUACUUUGGUGUACGUCUUUUUUUUUAUUUGUAUUGUUUGCUCUCACAAAAAUUCUAAAUGUGUUUGAGAAUAUAAUAACUCUGUUGGUUUGAGGGGACAAAUGAUGAGCAGAUACACAAAACUCAACUCUUAAAGGCCAGAUUUUCUUAUUGUAUCAUAUUGAUCGAGUUUGAUACAAGCUCUAUAAUCUUAACUGUUAUUUUCAUUUGUACUUUUUUAAAGCUGUUUAAAAAUGCAAUCAUGCCUUGAUGCAAUAAAUGGUGUCAAUUAAAGAAAGAACAAUAACAAAAA